UGUAAUGCGAAUAUUUGUAGCUCUAAUAAAACUGUUUUUAUAUAGACACAAUAAUUUUAAUAUGGCUUAUUGUUUUCUAAUAGCAUUAGCUAGACUCUGCAAAUGUAUUUCUUUUUUUACCUUUAUAGCGUCAAAUAAACACAGUAAUAGCACGCUUGACCGCACUAUGUCACGCAGAGAAAGCAACGUAGAUACCGGUGGGUACAUCGACGCCGAAUAUUCUUCCGGUGAUUCUAAUAGACUUAAAACUAAACAAUAUCAGGAAGAGAACAAUAACGAGGUCAAUGAGCUGUCCAAGGAACUAUCAGAAAUGGGUUGCAUCGUGGACGUGGUGAAAAGCCCACCGAAUAUUUGCGUAGAGACAUGCGUCUACGACUCUGAUAAUGAAGCAGAAAAGUCCAAAUCGGUGGAAGAGGACGCAUACUCCGACGAAUUCGAGGAAGACAAGAGCGAUGGAGAAGAGUCUAUACAAAGCGUCAAAUCGCAAGCAAAGUCGGCUAGCGAAAACAAUAAAAGUCAGAUGGUGGUACCGUCUUCCAUAAAACUUUCUAAAAGUCAGUCUUCUAUGUCUCAUAAAGCCCCAGCUUCUGUAUCAGGCAGAUCGACUUCAGACUUUGGUUCGGUCUCUGUGCCACCAACACGCAGAAUCAAUAUGUCAUUCACGAACGAAAGAUUGCGUGAGAUCGAACGGCACAAUCACAUCCUGUUGACCAAGAUUUUGAGCGCGAGAAAUAACAAGAAGUCUUCCAUACCGGGACGAGACCAGCCGCCCAGGAGACCCGCGCCCUCUGCUGCAGUUAUGAGAAAAAAUCAACAGAGACAGAUAGAUCGAGACAAUAUGAUUUUGCUGAAGAAGAUUCAACGCGCCAAAUCUUCAGUAUCGAGUGUGCGCCGUUGAUACAGAGGCCGCGUCCUCUGCUCGGGCGCCCUCGUUAUGUUUAUAUUUGCACAACUACGUGCGUUUGUUAUUAAAAUUUAUUAUACCGUUUCUAA